GGUCGCAAACGAGAGAGAGAGAGAGAGAAGAGAGAAGUUAUUGAGUGUUGCUCUUGAGGGAGUGAGGAGAGGGAAGAGGAGUGUUCGUCGCAAAGCUGAGAGGAAGUACGGACCCCUCUUGAGAGUCUUACUGACACCCUCAUCCUCCAUCAUGGCAUCUGCAGCAGAUUGGAAACUGCAGAUGGACGCUGCCCCUGAGGCAGAAAAAACGCAGUAUCAGUUCUUCUACGAGAAAGCCUUGAAGAAGGAGGAGGAAGAGAAAGAGAGAGAGAGAAGGGAUAAGGUGCAGGCUCACGAGGCCGUCCUUAGCACCUUGUCCGCUCUGACUGAUGAGGAGGUAGGAGAGAAAACGGUUCCCCUCCUCAGAGCCUUAGCAGGGGUCCGGGUUGCUGAGGACCAUACUGACCAACUCGCGCAGGUGUUUAAGCAGCUCAAGGAGUUGCGCGAAGACAUGGCCAGGAUGGCACAGCAACACCGCGAUCAGCUGCAACAGUUUGCUAGUUCGCAGCAGGCUCAAAUCGUCUCUUCACUCACCUACCUUGCCUCCUAUGCUGCGUGUCAGUCCAGUUUUGCCCCUCUGACCACGUCUACUUCUUCUGCUUCUACUUCUUCUUCUUCUUUGAGUGUGGUUAACAGCCAAAGCGAACCUGCAGCAAGUCCAGACCCUGCUGCUGCUGCUGCUGCGGCAGCUAGUGGUGGUGCAGGGACUUCUGGAACUGUUGCAGCCCCGGGCCCGGACCCAGCAAUGGCUGGGCCAGGCGACAACUUUGCGUACAUCAACAGGAAGGCGGCGCAGAUUCCGUCCAAGUAUGACGGAAAGGACGACGUCGAGUCUUGGAUCAGCUCUAUGCGGUCCUACUUUGAUGUAUUGGGGACACCCCCGUCCACUCAUUCGUCUAUCCUGGGGACCAAUGUGGAGCCCGUCGUGCGGGGUUUCCUAGAAACCCAAGCUGUCCAAUCAGGCUAUAAGAGAAUAGACCUGAACAUAUGGCUAAAGGCUACGCCUACUGCCGCACUUGAGGAUCUCUUGAUCAAACAAUAUGUUGAUCCACAUGUUGCAGCUAAAGCAAGACUUAACCUUGACAAGCUCAAGCACAGCAAGUGGACAGGCACCAUGCACAGCCUGCAGCAGUAUGUUAGCAAACUCUUUGCUACUCCGGAUCUGGAGAUGACUGCGCAGUCCUGUUUGGAUGUGAUAAAAGGUACGGUCCCCUCGACUCUGAAAGAUCGCCUAGGGCUCGGGCUCAGCGGAUAUACAGAUUGGCUUACCCUCAUGCGAGACUUAGUCAAGCUGGAGGCACAAGACCUCCCGGGUGGAUCAGGUGGCAAAAAGGCCACCAGCCGCAAGCGGUUUCCAUGCAUCAACCGUUUUGCAGCACAUGAUCUGCUUGAGGAUGACGAGGAGACCCUCGUGGAUGAAUCUUCUCUUGAUGACGAUCAAGAGCAAGACUGCGGGGCAUCUUGCUCUUUGUCAGCUCAUGAUCUGAGUUUUCCAAAUGGCUCUACUUCUAAUCCUGUCAUAUUGGUUGCACCUAUGACAUCUGAUAUGCUUUCUCCUGAGAGUGGUGAUCCCCCUCCGGAAGUUCCACCGGAAAUUCGCGACCUUCUCAACCGAUUUUCUGAAGUCUUGGCCAAACCGCAUGGAGUUCCCGUGCGUCCGGUUCGGCACAAGAUCGAGUUGACUGAAGGUAGCACUCCUCCAAAGGGUUGUGUCUAUCGAAUGGGCUUUGGCGAAUUGGAGGAGUUGCGAAGGCAAAUUGAUGAGAUGAUUGGGAAGGGGUGGAUCAAACCCAAUGAGUCCGAGUUUGGUGCACCGGUGCUAUUUGUCCCUAAGAAAGGAGGUAAGUUGCGGAUGUGUAUUGAYUACCGCGGGUUGAAUCGGAUCACGAGAAAGAAUGCGUAUCCUUUGCCACAUAUCGAUGAUUUGCUUGAUGCUGCAGGUGGGUGCAAAGUCUUCAGCAAGAUCGAUCUCAAGUCUGGCUACCACCAGAUUGAGGUCGAACCUGCAGACCAGCACAAAACUGCAUUCAAGACUCGCGAUGGGCUGUACGAGUUCACAGUCAUGCCCUUCGGUCUCACGAAUGCACCAGCCACCUUUCAAAGUCUCAUGGAUAAGGUAUUUCGGAAUCAGAUCAAUCGAUUUGUUGUUGUAUAUCUGAAUGACAUACUAAUCUUCAGCAAAUCGAUGGAAGAGCACAUGAGACACCUUGAGGAAGUGAUGCAGGUCCUCAAGGACGCGCAACUCCAUCUCAACUUGGAGAAAUCUGAGUUUGGGAGAGACAGCGUCAUCUACCUUGGGCACUGGUUGUCUGCUGCAGGCCUAGAGCCUGAGGCAACCAAGGUUGAGGUCAUCCGCAAUUGGCCUCAACCGGCGAAUGUUCACGAGUUGCGUUCUUUUCUUGGUCUUGCGUCCUACUACCGCAAGUUUGUGCCUAAGUUUUCUAUUACCGCCCGUCCGCUGUCUAGAUUGACUAGCAAGAAUGUGUCUUACACAUGGGAUGGGGAAUGCACGACAACCUUUGCAGCAUUAAAGGAGGCUUUGAUUAAGCACAAGAAAGAUUGUUACAAUCGCGUUGCGGAUGCUUUGUCACGCCACCCGGAGUACAUGACUUGCCUUGUGGGUUCCUAUGACCUGCGUAAAGAUCUGAAGGAGGAACUCAUAGAGCAUACUGUCAAGGAUCCGGAACUCAGUCCCAUCCUUGAGCAGAUUCGGGCUGAGCCUAGCAGUCAGCCUGAUUUCCAUGAAUGUAAGGGCCUUCUCUUCCGGCGUUAUGGGAAACAUGACCGAUUGUGUGUGCCCAACCAUGAGCCGAUCAUGACUCACUUCUUGGACUUGGCUCAUGGCCGAAGUGGACACUUCGGUGUUGAGAAGACAUACGAAAAUCUGUUGGAAAAGUUUGUGUGGCCUGGAAUGAAAAGCAUGACACAAAGGUUUGUGGCUGAGUGUGAAGUGUGUCAAAGCAUCAAACCGUCUCGACAGAAGCCCUAUGGGCUGCUGCACCCUCUUCCUAUCCCUGAUGGCCCGGGUGAGUCUGUUUCCAUUGACUUCACGGACAUGGGGAAGAAGAGUAGAAACGGUUAUUCACAAGUAAUGGUGAUCGUCGAUCGUUUUUCCAAGUUUUUUAACUUAAUCCCGUUGCCACCUCAUGCCCCAACUGACCUUGUGAUCGAAGAAUUUAACAAGAGGUACAUUCUGCAGUGCGGUCCCCCGAAGACUCUUGUGAGCGAUCGGGAUACCAGGUUCAUAAGUGCAGAUUGGAAUUUCUUCACCUCCCAGACCUACGACAUGAAACUCAAGAUGACGUCUGGUCGACACCCCGAAGCCAAUGGGCUGGCCGAGGAGAUCAACCAGACCGUGAUCCAACUUCUCAGGGCUCUUACCGUGCUUGACCAGAACUCUUGGGAUGACGAGUUGCCGAUUGUGCAGGGGUUGUACAACAACUUCAUCCACUCUUCCACCAGGAUGACGCCUAACCGGCUGCACCUCGGAUGGAAAAUCCGCAAUCCCCUAUCCUAUCUGUUCCCGGAACAGCCACCUGGCCUAACCCCUGGCCAGCCAGGCUACAGCGCUAAGUACGAUCGUUUGCUUAAAGUCGUUGUCGCGGCUAUGGAGAGGCGGCGCAGUGCAAUGAUUAAGCAUGCAAACAAGAAGCGCCAGCCUGAUCCCUUCACCAUGGGAAGUUAUGUCUGGGUCAAGAUGUCUGAGUUUUCUGACGAAAAAGGCGUAUCACGGAAACUUCUUCCUCAGUAUUAUGGUCCCUGAAAGGUGCUGAAUCAUGUAGGUAAUGAUUCCUUCGGUCCUUCUUACACGAUUGAUGUGCCUGCUCAUCUCCGCGCAUACCCAGUCUUUCACGCAUCAAAGUUAUUUCCGUAUGAGCCACCUGAGACGUUCAAGUACCGAGAAUCGAUGAUUCACCGCGCAAUCAAUGGCGGUCACGAGG